AUGCCUCGUGGCGGCGCUUACCUCGAAGGCGCCGAUCCUCUCAGCCCACCACGCUAUUUCGGUGCGCCGAUCCCGAGCAUUCGUGCGAGCGAACCAGAGCCGCCAGCAGCGGAGACGCCACCACCCGUGGAUGACUGGGUUCCUCGGGACAGAAAGCCGAAGCGGUCCAUUGACGACGUAGUCGGAGAUGUACUGAGACUACUCAGCAAUGAAAAUAUUUCCUUCGCCACUCUAGUCCUGACUGUCCUCACGAACACGCGCGCUGACUACGAGCCGCGGCGGUCCCAGUUCUAUGCCAAAAAAGAAGGGAACGUAGGGCAACUGCUCGACGCGCUUGAGCUUGACUCGCGCGGGAAGGCGGCAAUAGCUGUUUGGUUCAGAGUGCGCGCGCUCGACCUUGUCUGCCAGGACGUAUACAAGGAGAUGGAGAAGGGAAAGUCCAAGCUGCACAUGCAGAUCAAGGACGUUACGUCGGAUUUCCUCGAGACCUGGGAUCUGAAGCGCGCUGUCGAGUCAGCACCCGCGCCGACUUUGAUGAAGGUGCUGGAAGCGGCGUCCGAGAAUCGAGUAGCGCGAGCGGUGAACACGAAUCGCUCGCCACUCUAUGUCCAGCGAAUCGUUUUUCUAAUGCUUCAUCAUGCGCGCUCGCAGGCUUCGUCCAUGCUCCAAAACUAUCUCGGUGUCUACUUCUGGUCCGAGGGAUGCCCACGGCGUCUCAUCGAGUUCCUCAGCCGGAUUAGCUUGGCGCCCUCGUAUACUUCGACCCUCAAGAUCGUUGAGUCGCUUUCGGCUGGCAGCACUGAGCGUGCUAGGGCUGCGGUCAGACGCGUGCCACAUGCCUUUGCGUACGACAACUUCAAUGUAUCGAUGUCUGAACAUGUCGAGCAGCGCCCGGACGCUCCAUCGAAGGUCCAGUCCGGUACCUUUGGGCUUAUCUACGAGAUACACACCGCACGCUGGAGCGACGUGCGCCUUCAGCCGAUGAUGCAAAAUCUCAAGACUUCGACAGAUCUCACGAUGCAGGAAAUCUCGCCGUCGGUCUCCCAACUGAAGUGCUAUAUGCACCAGUGCCAAGUCCACGUCGUACGCGCACUUACGGACUUUGUUGCCGCGUUCUCAUCCUAUGCGACCGCCCCCGUGCUCCAGCAUAUUGCGCGACAUCCCCUGCCCGCAAAACCGACCGCUGUUUCUCACUCUCUCGGUAUUCACACUAUCGCCGAGAGUAGCAUAGAGGGAAACAUGGUUUAUCAAGAGGAGGUGUACAUCCGACAGCUCCAAUUCGACGACGGCGAAGCUUCCGCGCUUAACGAACACGCCAUACCAUUGAUCGCUGAUCUGCAUACCCUUCGAUGCACUCGUAGUGGUCAGCGGCGACGACCCGGUGAUAUCACUGCGUGGACGCGACGCGAGAUAUUCCAGCUGGGCCCUGGCCUUUUCCAUCUGCUCAUGAACCUCAUCUGGGCGGUCCUUAAUACACAUCGCGCAACUGUCUCGUCAACUGGAAGCUUGACUUGGUUUUUCAACGUACUCGACAAGCGCCGCCUCGGGCGCGAGAAACCUGACUUUCAUACCCUCCUUGUCUCGCUCCAGCAGAUCUUGAACGCCAUCUUACUUCAUGCCUGGCGACUCGAAUGCGGCGACCUGGACGAGUUCGCGCAGUCUCAACCCUCCCCAGACCGUUUGCUAGAGAUAGCGGCUGCCAUCCUUCGCAAGUAUGCUACGCCUCGGUUUGCGAUAGACGAGUCACUGUGCGCCGUUCCGUGGGAUCCGGUGAAUAGGAACCUUCGCCUUCUCAUGCGCGACCUGUUUUAUGUGGUGGAACUGGCGCGAGCGAUUGCCGAUGGAGACAUUGGCAGGGUCGAGGAUAUCUUUCCUGGCCUCGCCCGUAUUUUCCGCGGCGCAGGCUACAACAACUACUCGACGGAGAUCCUAUAUUUCCUACACAACGUCCGCAAAGUGUGGACUCCGAGAUUUGCCGAUGUCAUGCGAGCACAGAUGAUCACCAACGUCUCCGGGUUGCCGCACCAUUUCAUGGGUACGGACAUGAACAUCGAGCAUUUGAUUGGAUAUAUCAAGCACCACUAUACCGCCAAUGGCGUGCACGCGCAGUGGGAUCGCUUGGGGCAUAUUGCCUCUAGCAUAAAUGAUCUUAUGCGCGUCAAGAAGCACUUGAACAAGCAGUUCGGACUUUCGUACAAAAGCAUCGACCAUAAGGACGCUGACACUACAGAACUUGUCUUGAAGGCACUGCAGCAUGUCGCAGAUGCGCAUCUCUUGGAGGUCGAUGAGCGUCGGGUGGACAAUGACAGCGCGAAGUUGACAAAGGAUUUGUUCGCAGUGGGCGAUAUGAAAAUCGCGUCGUCAUCACUAUCGACAUUCAACAAAAAGAUGAGAGCGUUCAUCGAGGGCACUGGGACAGGGAUUGUCGACGAAGCGGACGAGAUGGAGCAGCCUCAGUUCAGCGCGACAGUGGAGGUUGCCGACGUUGAAUAGGCACCUGACUUGUACUCCUUCCCGUGCUGUUGACGGUUUACUUGUACUCAUUCUCCGCGCGA